AUGGAUAUUUCCUUAGAAGAGAAAUGUGAGAACCUUAUGAACAUAGUGGUCGAAUCUCGCAAACGUUUUGGAAAAAUGUGUCGAGAAUAUGAGCAGAAAACUUCAUUGAUCGAAAAUAGAAUUUUGAAUCUACAACUAGAAACAAUUUCCAGUUAUCGCUUCAAACCAAAGCAGACAAUAUCGCAUAUUGAAAUGGAUGAAGCGAGCAAAGAUUAUGAAGAUGAAAUAGUGGAAAGGAGUAAAAGAAUAGAAGACUUAAAAAAGAGGUUACGCAGUGCACAAGAUGUCGUUUUACAAUUAAAAUCUGAUAAUGUUGCAAGAAAAUUAAGGGAACCGUUGAAUGCUGAAGUGUUAUUAUCAAAAGCCAAAAUUAAACAUCUAAGUUAACUAUUUUUUCUACUCUAAAGAACAAUUUUAAUUGUGUGGGUUACUAUGUGUUUGCUUUCCAGCGUCAAUAUCUUUUCAUUACCACAUCACUAAAAGCCUCAAAUCCCAAAUGUCACUGUACCCAUGCCAUGUGAAAAGACUAUAUAUAGAAUGAAGUUUUAUAUAUAUGGACUAGAUUAGAACUGCUACUUAUAACUGAAUGAAUUAAAAGUUUUCUUUUUUUUUUUAAAGUAUGCUCUGAAGAACAGUCUUGGCUUUGUUUCUUCACUCUAA